AUGGACGAUGACGGCAAACGAGGGGCUCGACUGGCAGCGCGGUACGACCGUCUGAUCGCGGCGCUCGGGUCUGAUGGUGGCGUGUAUGCUCGAGUGGACGAGGCGUUUUCAGCAGCGGUUGACGGGGCAGCAACGAGUGACGAGCAGCGACGGCAGCUGCUCGUGACGGCGACGGCCACGAGUGUGCGCUGUGCCGAGCUCAUUGCCAAGAGUUUGGAGACGAACGAGACGCUGGAGAAGCUGCAGAAGACGAUGAAGCGCGCGUACGAGUGCAGCCAAGAAGGAGAUGGAAGCGACGAGGACGAGGCGAUGGACAGCGACGAGGAGGGAACGGAGGCGACGACGUUGUUGCUGCAGGACCUUGUGGCUGCGGGUGAUGCGGCAGCGGAUGCAGCUAGUCAGGCUGCUCGGCUGGGUGUUGUACGGAAGACUGCUCGUGCUAGUCAGGACCUAUUGGCGUCGGCAGCGUGCCAUUUGCAGAAGCAUUUGGCCAGUAGUGACGCGCGUUUAGACGGAGACGUGGCGGGGGUCGUGGAGAACGAGUUCCGCCAGUUGUAUAUGGAGGAGUUCUCCACGGCGUUCGGUGACGAACUGGACACCUUCCGUCAGGAAGAACGCUUUGAGAGCAAGGAUGUGACUUAUUUAAUCUCGUGUAUUCAUGCGGGCGGCGACGUCUUCACGCCGCUACAGAAACAGCUUUUUGUUGAAUCGGUUCGGACGAGUCGAGCGGACGACGGGCAGGCAAAUGUCGGGGAUGAAUGCAAAAAGCUGCAGUAG